AGCAACAUAAUGACAACAGUUGAUCCAGCAUUUAGUGAAUGUGAUUUCACUGUGGCCAUAGAAGACGCAUAUGUAAUUGUGAGAGAUGGUUCAAGUGAUCCUCGUAUCAUCAAAGCUUCUUUUUUCUCGAAAAAUCGUGUUGAAAUAAGUGACAGGAUUAAAUCGUCGUUUAAAUGGGAUGAUCCAACUGGUCAAUCACCAUUUGUUACAAUGGUAUUCUAUGGUGCUCAUGAUUCAUGUAAAACAAAGCUCGGAGAAAUAUCAUCGGGUCCAUUAUUGAUGUCUGCUCCACGUAGAAAACUAUCUGGGAAUAUCAUGGCCAUGUCAAGUCGGACAAAUAAGAAAAAUGAUAAUUAUCCCCUAGAUAGCCAGGAAACUUCAACGAAUUUCAAUGUGUUGAAAAGAUAUCUUGAUUCAAUUUCAAAUCGACUCGAGUAUCUUAGUAAGCAAUUCAUAGAGAGAUUCGACCACAUUGAUGAUACACUUUCGAAUCAUACAAUGACAAAUAAUUCCUUUAGAGAUCCUUCUAUGAAUAUAACAGAUUAUGCCAUGACAGAAAUGGCCAACGUAAGAAAAGACCCAAAGGUACAUGUAUUUACAUUAUGGUAUUAUUAUGCAUUAACACAGUUCAUUACAGUGGCGGAAGCGUAUUAAGUCCAUGGUAUGGCCAGGAUUGACUGAAGGGCAAUUGGAAGAAGUGAAAAGAGAGCUUUUGAAAGGAAAUAAAUCUGCUUCAAAAACAGCUAUUGCCAUUUCAAAGAUAAUUUAUGGUGACAAGCUAAAAACUCACAUAUUAGGCGAUAAAGGAAAAUUAGUUAGAGCGCCGAGAGAAGGUGAAAGAGCUCUGGUCAUAUCUAUUGAUGAUGAGAAUUUAUUCAGAGGUACUGUAAAAACACAUUCAGUUUCGGCUCACUAAUUCAUUUUACAGACAUUCUUUCAUGCUUCGGAUCAGAUUUAUUUAAUGACCCUACGAAUUGGGAGGUGCUGGUAAGAGGCCCUGUAAAUCAGAGUGGUAGAGAGAGAAAGAGAAAGAGGAAUCAAAUUGAAGAAAAAUCAAAUGAAGUAGCGUCAGGAACUGAAACCGCGACUCAGCCUCCAUCACAUAGCCAAAGUAAAAAACAAAGACUUGAACAUGAUUCAGACUCUGAAUCAACCAUCAAUGAAUGAUGUAUUAUUAAUAUGGACUUAUUAUGCACUGGUCAUGGACUUAACAUGGGCAUUAUCGGUAAAAAUUGAAAACAAUUAUAUCAUAGACACCAGUGUGUAAUUAGUAUACAAUCCCGUUACUAAGCUUGUUCUCUUAGAAACAGCUUUUUUCAAAUAUUCUUAACUGUUACACUCGUUACU